ACGUGAUAGGUCGUAUGAAUUUGCGCGGGCCCGUACCUGGCCGCUGGUCUGACAACUGCUUACCAGAUAAUCGCGAAAAAAAGCGAACAAAAGAGGAUGAUAGCUGAGCGUUUGAAUGUAUUACGACUCCAAGACAAAUACUAGUCGGAGAGUAGUACGCGACAACAUGACAAAGCGUGAGGCUUUCGUUGAAGCCGCCUGUCAAGAAAAUGUGGACGAUUUCCUUCGGCUAAUCCAACUUCACAAGGACAGAUCGGAUCCUUUUGACAUUGAGGAGGUGAUGGAGGAGAUGUCCAAGAAUCAGCGUGAGGCUCUGUGGCUAAAACUGGCCUCUCUCCUUCGGGAUGUCCUUAUGGAGGUGCCCCCGGAACGUUGGGAGGAGGCUAUGGAUGUGGAAACCAAACAUGUCAUGGACAUCGUAGCAGGUGUGACUCUCGUGGCCACCGUAUCUCUAAAGGUUCUGCAAGACGGCGACGCCUACCAUGGACUUCUUGAUAUUACCCACCAGCUUCACGAUGUUCUGGUGUCAUUUCCCAUGACCGAGGCUCACUUAAUGCUCCACAUCCACACGCUGUGCGAGGCCUGGUGGAAGAAAGACUUGCUGGAUAAAGAUACGUUUGGCCACACAGCUUUGGUCAUUACUUUGAAAAAGAGCUUCCUUUUGAAGAAACCGUACGCCGAGGUCCAAAGAGCGUGGAGCCUCCACAAGGUGCUCUCAAAUGUGGACUACAUGUCUGAGGAGGGCCAACAGCUGGGCGAGCAGCUGGCGCGGUGUUUCCAACAUCCCGCCAUCAUCAGUCUUGACGACGGCAAGAGGUUGAUGGUGUUUCUCUUCAGCUGGCACGUCGACUUCAUCCCGCGCAUCCACGGCACCAUCAAAAAUCAGAUGGAGUUCUUUAACAAAAUGACCAUGGCACAUGUGGCGGAGAUCUACUUCCGAGCCUGGAAAAAGGCCAGCGACAACUUUCAGGAGAAGAUCGAAAGCGAGUGCAUCCAGGACUUCAUGAAGUGUGCCAUCCUGUUGCAGAGGUCGUCACCCGUCCACCGCAAAGUCCAACAGAUCAUCUUCCACUUCCACAAGAAGAAAAUCUGCCGCCCAGUGGGAAAGAUGCUCAGUGUCCUCUACAAGCCCAUUCUUUGGAAGUAUCUCAACGUCCCGAAUUUUGAGGUCCGCACCAACGCCACAGUGCUGUUCACCGAUGCCUUCCCCAUCGUUGACCCUGAUAAGGAAAUCGAAGUGGACCUUCAAAAGCAGCUAGACACACUCAUGGUCCUGCUGUUUGACAAACACGACGUUGUGCGCUGCAACGCCAUUCAGGGCGUCUGCAAGAUCCUCGACAGGUGCUGGGAGUUGCUACCACCGGACGUUAUCGUGGACUUCUUGAAGAAAUUAAAAGACCUGGCGGGUGACUGCAGCUCAGACGACGUCCGCUGUGCCGUCUUCACGUAUCUGCGCAUUGUCCUGGACAACGUCCUCAGCCAUCCCGUGCUGGAGAAGCUGGUGCCCAAAUUCAAGUACAGCCUCCACGACAUUUCCGUGAAGGUCCGCGUGGCUUUUGUCGACAUGCUCCUCAAGAUCAAGGCGGUCCGUGCGGCCAAGUUCUGGGAUGUGUGCAGCCUGGACCACCUCGUGGCCCGCCUGGCCUCGGACACGGCGCACGUGUCCAAGCGCCUCACCGAACUGCUCUUCGACUCCUUCUUCCCCGCCGACGCCGAGUCGAACUGGUGCAGCCGCUGCAUCACCCUCAUCCAGAUGAACCCCAUGGCAGCCCGCAAGUUUUACCUAUACGCUCACAUGCACACCGCCCCAACAAAUAUAGUGAAAUUGAUGCUGGCCAUCCGCCGUGUCCUGAAUUCAAGCAUCCAGAGCGAUGGUGACGACGCGGAGCUUAACGACAGCAGCAAGGAAAACCGGAUGCCUCAGGGUGAGAAUCAACUGGCACUGGAGAAGGAUGUGGUGGCCAGUCUGCUGGAGGUGGUGGUUGUCCUGUGGAAGAACGUCGACAGGACCCUCCAGCAAAGUGACGAAACCCAGAAGUACCUGUAUGCCCAGUUUGGUCGAGUCUUGAGCAAAUACUUCAGCAAAUUCACGGAUGAGCGAUGCCAAGCUCCCCUCAUGCAAAUGGCAUCCUUCAUGCCUGCCAAUGCGGUGGCAACAUUUAGCUACGGCGUGCUGUCUCGUCUGAGGAAGUUGGAACCUGGAGCCCCGCCCUCGGCGUACAGCCAGCUGCUGGACUGCAUGUGCAGUUGGGGCAAGACCGCCGGCGUCCUGGAGCUCAUCAUCGAUUGGCUUUCCGAAGCCCUGCCCGAGAAUCAAGUGGUAAAUGCCAAGCGGAAGGUGACCAUCCAGGUGACGGCGGAGGCUAAGCCAGAGCUGGCGCUGGCCUACUUGGACUAUCUGCUGCUUCACCGGUCCACGCGAAACAAAGUCCUGGCUCUCAGAGAGGGUCCACUCAAGCGUCUCUACACACUUCUUGGAAACUGGAAGUCGCAGCUGUACUCUCACCUCAGCUCUUCCUCUGGGGGCCCAGCCGGCGCAGAACUAGCCCUCAAGGCCUUCACCUCCCAUGGCUGUCUUAGCGUGCACUUGCAACACGACCUGUCCGACGGCCGCGAGUAUCUGCAGUCGCUGGAGCACACGGCCGCAUGGGUGGGCGAGAGCGUGCUGCCCUUCCUGGCCAACGGUCCUCCGGGAGAUGCCGGUGACGAGGCGGAGAGUUUGAGAGCCUUCGCGGCGGAAAUAACUAAGACCUUCCUGACGGUGUGCAGAGACGCGGUGCUCUGUUUGGAUGACAGUGGCUUGAAGGAUCACGUCCUGCACCUGUGCUCGCUUGUCAUACUCUCAGAAGCGGGAUACCUGUGCAUUCCCGCCGUGCUGCUGGUUCUGAAAGCGUUGAUGGCAAGUUCCUCCCCGGUCGACCGCAAACCGGCUGGAGACGAGCGGGAUGCUGCCACCAAGUGUCUGGUGGCGGUAGCCAACAUAUUCCAGAAGGUGAUCGAACUCUUGGCUCGCCGACUUAAGAAAAAGCCGGAAGAGAGUAAAGAGCUGUGUCAGUCAGCUUUGGGUGGUCUCACCGACUUCCUGCAUGAGGCUCAAGUCUGUAACAUCAGCGGCGUCUUUGACACCCUUUUCGCCAUCGUCAUCGUGGAGACAAGAUACGCUCUCCAGAAGAUGACACACCCCGAAGAAGUUAUGACUCCAGAGACCGUGCAAGACUUGCCCGCUCUUUCCGGCACCCUCCUGUCUGCCAUCCUCAAGUCGCAGCCUGUUACCAGGGCUUUUUUGGCUGAGAUUCUCUCCUCGUUGGACUCUGACACUUUCAGCACUCUGACUGAGCUGGCCGCUGUUGUCCACCUCCUGGCGGCCCUGCGACACGUGGCACAGGCCAGUACGUACUUGAAGAGAGCCGCCAUAACCGUGCAGCAGCAGAUAAAUGCACAUGCAAAUGUAGAGGGUGAUAUCCAAGGGGUCAUUUAUCAAUCUUCUGUGAUGACGCUGAAUGAAAUCUUGACACUCUGGGCGGACUGAAAG